AUGGCAGCAGAAACGGGAAGACCACAAGGCCUGAAUCAGCAGAGGGCCAAAACGGAACAGGAACUGGCAGCGCUGAGGAAAGACUACGGCCAGCUCAAGCAGACCGUGAACGACGAGCUGACGGAGGAACGGGAACAGGUCUACCGACAUCUGGAAAGUAUCGACGAGCUGCAUGAGUUGGUUCUGACCCUACACGAGAAUCUGAUCGUAACGAAAGCGGGUGAUGAGUUUGUCGAGCGGAAAACGCUCAGCAUGCAGGAUGAGGUGGCUCUUUUAAGAGACCAGCAGCAUAACCGGGAGCAGGAAGUGCGCCGGACCGAGCGAGAUUACCAUGACAAGAUCGUUCAACAAGUCUUAGAGGAACAACUGCGGCAACAGUACCAACACUCUCAACAGUUGGUCGCCUACAAGGAAGAACUGGAACGGGCCGAAGCCGACAACAAGCGGCAGAUAUCGGAGCUCCGGAUGCAAGCCAUCGAGCUAGGCUACCAACGAAAACAGGAAGACCUGGCCAACAACGAGGCCGUCCAGAAGGACUUUGUAAAGCGAUCUCAAUUGCUGCAGAUUCAGCUGGAGAAGAUCCACUCGGCGGACACGCAGGUCCGCUGGCAGGACGAUCAGUGCCCAAACUGCCGGAAGGAUUUCACGAUGACCCGACGGAAGCAGCACCGUCAUCACUGUGGCACUAUCUACUGUAAGAUGUGUCUCACCAAAACGGUUCCGACGGGACUGAACCGACUGUAUGUCUGGGUCUGUGACGUGUGUCAUACGCUGCUGGUCCAGGGCACGGCACCCUAA